AUGGACCUCCUGGAUUUCAGCGGAACACGACAGUUCCAAGAAAGAGAAUUUGACAGGAUGGUUGACUAUCGCACAGAGAGACGAGAGUAUUUACGUGGACGCAACAACGUGACUUCGUGCAGGAGCCCAACCAGAGACCUUGACACAAGCCGGGUCAAAAAGCAGCUGAAAGAGAAGAGACAGCGAGAGUUUCUGAGGAGGAGAUCAGUGAGCCCAGAGCCACGAACCGCGGGGUGCAUUAUCUGUUCCACAGAUAUAGAUUCUUUUUCUGAGUCGUAUCUGAACAGACUUUACAGAUCAAGGAGGAAAUGUGAGAAGCUGGCUACAAAAACACAAAGGUUCUCCUCUGCUGAUGGACAUCCAGAAAUGAUUCUAACACCAGAAAGCAGAAGAAGCGAUUAUCCAAGCACCAGCAAAUGGGCUUCACUUUGGACAGAAUCAACAACAGUAACAAAACAGGAGAAGGUUCAGGCAAGGAAACAGACAUCUACCUCCUCAACAGAAUCCAACCAAAACCAGAUAAAAAUUCCAAACAGAAGAACCAAAACAGAUAAUAGGACUGCAGCGAUUCACCCCAAGUCCUCCGUACAAACGGAGAAAAAGACUCUUCAAGAGAUCAGCGUGCAAACAGAGUCUGGCUUUGUCACAGUGAGAGAAUCAGAUGUUCAGAGAUUAUCGGACUACUUGCAGGAAGCCCUGUGGAGAGAGGAGACCGUGAAGAAGAAGCUGGCCGUCCUGACAGAGAUCUCCACAAACCUCGUGAACUCCUCAGAUGUGUUAUGGACGUCUCGCUUCAGUGAAGACCUUCUGCGAAACAAGAUCAAGGUUCUGGAGGCACAGCUGCAAGUCUGCCUGCAGAAGUUUCCUAAAGAUGGAGUAAAGAAAGUGAUGCUACAGAUGGAGAAGCAGAGGGGAAUGUAUGAGGAGAAGGCCUUGGUUGCUCUACAGAAGGCUACACAGGAGAAAGCUGAUGCUCUCUGUCAGGCUGAGACCCUGCAGGAAGCUCUUAUAACAGCCCAAGCAGAGGCACUGAGGUGGCAGAGCCUCUACAGAGAGCUGGUGCUAAGCUCUGGACAGCUCAGGGAGAAUCAGCACCACAACAACGACCAGCUGCAGCAGCUGCAGAAUGAAGUCAAGCUAUCCAGAGCCAGAGAGGUCGGGCUCAGGGAGGAGGUGGUAUCGCUCAGACAAGAAAAGCAGGAGCUUCAGUACAACAUCUGUCUGCUGGAGGAGGAUAACCAGACGUUAAGAGAGGAAAUCCAAAACCUUCAAGAUGGUGGCGAUGAGAGCCAGAACACCUUUAUUCAGGAGCGCCUUACGUCAUAUGACGUCGAACCACAGCUGACCGUCAGGAGGGACUCUCAGGUGGAGGAGCAGCUCCGACUCACUCAGGAGAAGCUUCAUCUUAAAGAGAAAGAGUGUCAGGAGCUGCAGGCGGAGCUGCACACUAUGGAGCAGGAGUGUCAGUCCAGCCAGGCCCGACUGUCACAGUGCAGAGACGAGCUCCGGCAGCUCAGCCACCGCCCCAGGAGACCAACGCCGUGCAGCUCUUGGUGGAGGGUUUGUCUUUUCUUCCUCCUGCUCCUCGCCGUGGCAGGGGUCGCCAUGUUGUGGUCAUGGCAUCCACCUUUCAGGGAGCAAGUAGAAGUCUUCUGGGCCGACAUAGAGACACGAAUAGAGGACUAUCUCAUGGAAAUGGCUUCUCCCCAACACUCGGGCUGUUUUAGACCAAUAUGAUACUAUAGCUUAUUAAAGUUAACUUUACUGUUGUAGAUUUUGUUUAGUUUUAAAAGUUAGUUAGUAUGAAUGUUUGUAGUUCAUGUGGUAGUUUUCAUGAAACUCAAAGUUUGUGUCAAGUGUUGAAAAUUGACCUGUGAGUGCAGGACAUAAAAAAUUCAGCAAUGUUUAAAACAUUUUUAAGCUGUUUGCUCACAAACUGUGAGUCUAAACUUGAAAUUAGUGCAAAAACAGGGAACAUCUUUUGUACUGUAAAGGGACUGUGUUCCCAGACGCCUCAAUUGAAUAAAUAAAUACAUGUAUUUAAAUAGUUUGUCUUUAAACAGAUGAAGAAGCACUCUGCUGGUUCCUAGCAUUUUUUUCAACCUCAACAACACAUCUGGAUCUUUAAAACCA